UUUCGUUGUCAAUCUCUCGAGACAACGAACUGUUUGUGGUGUGAGAAAACCAUUUUCAACAGUUUUUGUAAGAAUUAUGUGUUUUAAAUAAACGAUACUACAAUUACACAGUCGAAUUUGAACUAGCUGAUCGAAAUGGCGGAUAUAAAGAGCAUGUUUUCUAAAAUGUCCUCGAUAUCCAACGGUAGUGGUAGCAGUGGCGACAAUGACAAAGAUAAAGAAGAAGCCGAAGCUCCGGCAGCUCCUGCACCGAAACAAGCAAAAAAGAAGGAGGUCAUUGAAAAGACCUACCAGAAGAAAACACAAUUAGAACAUAUCCUCCUACGUCCCGACACAUACAUCGGAUCCGUUGAAAAGGUUUCGGAGCUGAUGUGGAUUUAUGAUGCUGAAACUAAAAUGAUUGUUCAGAAGCAGAUUGAAUAUGUACCAGGUUUAUAUAAAAUAUUUGAUGAAAUAUUAGUAAAUGCCGCCGACAACAAGCAACGUGACAAGAAUAUGGACUGUAUUAAAAUUGAAAUCAAACCAGAAGAAAACACAAUCUCGGUUUGGAACAAUGGAAAGGGUAUUCCCGUAGUAAUGCACAAAGAAGAAAACAUGUAUGUUCCGACUAUGAUCUUUGGUCAUCUUUUAACUUCUUCAAAUUACAAUGAUGAGGAAGAAAAAGUUACAGGUGGUAGAAAUGGUUAUGGUGCAAAACUUUGUAACAUAUUCAGCAACAAGUUUAUAGUCGAAACAUCUUCCCGGGAAUACAAAAAGCAAUUCAAGCAAACCUGGGCUACCAAUAUGACCAAAGCCUCAGAACCCAAGAUUAAAGAUUCCUUUUCUGAUGACUAUACCAAGAUCACUUUCAGUCCAGACUUAACUAAAUUUAAAAUGGAUAAAUUAGAUGAUGAUAUUGUUGGUUUAUUAUCAAAGAGAGCCUUUGAUGUGGCUGCCUCUACCAGAGGUGUUAAAGUGUUUUUAAACGGUACCCGACUUCCAGUAAAGAAUUUCAAAGAUUACAUUGAUUUGUACAUCAAGGGUAAAGAAGAUGAUACAGGUAACUCACUGAAAGUAGUUCAUGAAGUAGCCAAUGAGAGAUGGGAAGUAGCUGUAACUCUGUCAGAUAGAGGAUUUCAACAAGUAUCAUUCGUUAACAGUAUUGCAACGACAAAAGGGGGUAGACAUGUUGAUUACAUCACUGACAUGAUUGUUAAACAACUCACGGAAGUGUUAAAGAAGAAGAAUAAGGGCGGUGUAAGUAUUAAAGCAGCUCAAAUAAAAUACCACAUGUGGGUGUUCAUUAACUGUUUGAUCGUGAAUCCGACCUUUGAUUCCCAAACAAAGGAAAAUAUGACCUUACAAAUAAAGAGUUUCGGAUCAAAAUGUGCUUUGUCUGAAAAGUUUAUUAAUAUGGUCACGAAGAGUGGUAUUGUCGAACAUGUGCUGUCUUGGGCCAAAUUCAAAGCACAGAACGAAUUGGCAAAGACGAGUGGCAAGAAGCAAAGUAAAUUAAAAGGUAUUGCGAAAUUGGAAGAUGCCAACGAAGCAGGUACUAAAAAUGCUUUAAGGUGUACUCUGAUAUUGACUGAGGGAGAUUCAGCUAAGAGUACAGUAGUAUCAGGAUUGGGUGUUGUCGGUAGAGAUUACUAUGGUAUUUUCCCUCUUAGAGGUAAAUUAUUGAACACCAGGGAAGCUACGCACAAGCAAAUUUUAGAGAAUCAAGAAAUUAACAAUAUUAUUAAAAUCUUAGGUUUACAGUAUAAGAAAAAGUAUAAUAGUCCGGAAGAUAUGAAAACUUUAAGGUAUGGUAAGCUUAUGAUAAUGACAGAUCAGGAUCAAGAUGGAUCACACAUAAAAGGUUUACUGAUCAACUUCAUACACCACAACUGGCCGGAACUUAUAAAGCAAAAUUUCUUAGAACAGUUCAUCACACCCAUUGUCAAGGCUCGUAAAAAGAAUGAAUGUUUAUCAUUCUAUUCUCUACCAGAAUUCGAAGAAUGGAGGCAAAAUACUCCAAACGCUCAUACAUAUGCUGUCAAAUACUACAAAGGGUUGGGUACUUCCGAUGCCAAGGAAGGCCGAGAGUACUUCAGUAACAUGGAUCGACAUAGAAUCAAAUUUAAAUACAGCGGCCAACAAGAUGACGAUCACAUUCUUUUGGCCUUCAGUAAAAAACAGGCCGACAAUCGUAAAGAAUGGUUGACUAAUUUUAUGGUUGAGUCUAAAAGGAGAAAGGAGAUUGGACUGUCCGAGAAAUAUCUUUACGCUAAAGAUACUAAAUUCGUAACCUUCUCUGACUUUAUCAAUAUGGAAUUGAUACUGUUUUCAAAUGGUGAUAACGUCAGAUCCAUACCGAGCGUAGUGGAUGGAUUAAAGCCUGGACAGAGAAAGAUCCUAUAUGUUGCUUUUAAACGUAAUGACAAACGUGAAGUCAAAGUAAGUCAAUUGGUCGGAUCUGUCAUGGAAAAGGCCGCUUACCAUCACGGCGAUACUUCCCUGGCGAUGACAAUCGUCAACAUGGCUCAAAAUUUCGUCGGCAGCAAUAACAUAAAUCUAUUGGAACCGAGAGGUCAAUUCGGUACUAGACUGUCAGGUGGUAAGGAUUCUGCCAGUCCGAGGUACAUUUUUACCAAGCUGUCGCCAUUAUCGAGGUUACUGUUUCACGUGCACGAUGAUGCUUUACUCAAACAUGAAUAUGAUGAUAAUAUGAAAAUUGAACCGGUGUGGUAUAUUCCGAUUAUACCGAUGGUAUUAGUUAACGGAGCUGAUGGUAUUGGCACCGGUUGGAUGACGAAGAUUCCAAACUUCAACCCAAGAGAUCUUGUCAAAAAUCUAAGGCGCAUGUUAGAUGGUGAAGAACCUGAGGAAUUAAUCCCUUGGUAUAAGAAUUUUCAAGGCACUAUACAAUAUUGUGGCGACCAGCGAUAUGUUAUCAAUGGUGAAAUCGCUAUUCUAGAUGAUGACAGAUUAGAAAUCACCGAGUUGCCAGUCGGUACUUGGACCCAAAAUUAUAAAGAAAAUACGUUGGAACCAAUGUUACAUGGAAAUGAGAAGGUUAAAUCAGUGUUAACAGAUUAUAGAGACAACUGCUCAGAUGUUACAGUAAAAUUCACGAUAACUCUUCAAAAUAACCAAAUGCAGGCUAUGGAGAAGGAAGGUCUACAUAAAAGCUUUAAGCUACAAAAUCUCAUUACUACUACUUCAAUGUGCGCCUUUGAUGAGUAUGGAUGUCUCAAAAGGUACGAUUCAGUGAUGACGAUCCUGAAAGAAUUCUACGAUCUUCGUAUGAAGCUAUAUGGAAAAAGAAAAGACUUCCUUUUGGGUGCUCUCGGCGCUGAGGCUGAAAAACUAUCAGCUCAAGCUAGGUUUAUUUUGGAGAAAUGCAACGGUGAAUUGGUAGUAGAGAACAAAAAGAGAAAAACCAUUGUAGAAGAACUACUUAAAAGAGGUUAUCCCGCAGACCCUGUCCUGGAAUGGAAAGAGAAAAACAUGGCUGAGGACGAAGAAGAGGAUGCCGAGCAAGAUUCACAAGAAAACGAAGAUACUGAAGAAAACGAGAAUGCUAAAAAGAAGAAGGUGGAAAGUGGUCAUCCUGACGUAAAAAAAUUCGAUUAUUUGUUAGGUAUGUCUAUGUGGAUGUUGACUGAAGAAAGGAAAAACGAAUUACUUAAUCAAAAAGACAAGAAAAUAAUGGAACUGAAUAUCCUAAAGAAAAAGACACCAUCAGAUUUAUGGCGCGAUGAUUUGGAUGUGUUUGUAGAAAAUUUGGACAAGUUGGAGAAGAAAGAAAGAGAUGAAAAGUUGAAAGAGCUCAGUCAGAAUAAACAAAAGAAAGAAACGGAUAAACCCGGCGGACGGAGUAAGAAAAGAGCCAAAUCCUUCUUCGACACGGCGCCUAGUGCAAUGGCUCAGAGGGUGGAGCCUGUUAUCACUGAGGACUUAAAGAAAAAAAUUCAACAGGCAGUGAAGACCAAAGCCAAAGCAAUGAACAGAGGAAUUAAGAAAGAAAAUAUUGCUGAAGAGGAAGAAGAUGAAUUUGAUUCAAUGGUUAAAAGUAAGAAAACACUGAAAGAUAAAUUAGGCACUCCCGAAGAACUUGAAAAAAAGCCGAAAGGUGGAAAGAAAAAAGCUGGAGAUGGACUGAAACAAUCCAAAUUAAAUUUCGCCUCAGUAAAUGGUUCUCCUAAAAAGAAAGGGCGAAAGAAGAAAGGAUCCGAUUCCGAAGACGAGGGGAGCGGGUCUGAUUCAGGGUCAGAUGUAGAAUUUUCAUCACAAGCGAGCAAUACAGUUAAAGAACGAGUUCUUAAUAGAAGAGCUGCUACUAAAGUGAUGAGCUACACCUUGUCCGACGGAGAUGAAGAUGAGAAGUUUUCUGAUAAAGAAGACGAGUUGUUUGAUAAUGAGGCCGUUAAGGAAAAGAGUAUGGUUAAGGAGGUGUUGCAUGAAAGUUCCGAUGAAGAAUCCAAACCCCAGCCUAGGCACGAAACAUCGGAGGAUAUGUUUGAUAGCUUGAUCGGAAGAAAGAAAGAUGAUGACGAAGAACCAGCGAGCAAACCCACUGAACAAAGUAAACGGAAAAAGGCUGACGAUUCAGACUCUGAUUUCGAUGUAAAGAAAAAAGGAAAAUGGAACGAUUCUAGUGAAGACGAGAUGUUCGAACCCGUGAAGGAAAAACCAAAACCUAAACCGAAGGCAAAGGCUAAAGAGGAUAAACCCAAGAAACCUAGACAGCCCAAAAAGAAAGCUAAAGCUAAGAAUGAUUCAGACGACAGCGACGUAGAAGUAAUUCCGACAAAAAAACCUCAGGCUAAAAAGGCAUUAGUAUCAGAUGAUGAUGUACUAAUAGAUGAUGACACGCCUCCCAAAAAGACUACUAAAGGUAGAAAGAAGAACGAUUCUGAAGACGACGAUUUCGUUGUUAAUGAAGAAAUGGAUGUCGAUAAACCGAGUCAGGAAUCUACAAAGCCCGUUAGAGCUGGACGAAACGUUGCUAAAUCUAAAUACACGUUUGAUGAUUCGGAUGAGGAUUCGUUUUGAUUUUCAAAUAUCGUAAAAAGGUCCAUAUGAUUUGUACAUAGUAGAAUUGUGAAUGUGUUUUCGGGAACCUCCCGAAGCCUCUGGUUACUAACCUGAUGUCUUCGAGGCCGUUAUCCAGAUUAGGUUUACUUUCGCAUUUAUUUUAGUUAUAAGUUUAUUUUAAUUCGUAAUUUAUAUUUAUUACCGAUAAAGAUAAAAUUCAUAAGUUCUAUUGAUCAACAAAUCUCGAUUGGAGAAGUGGAGUGGUUUCUAUUACAGUACGCAUUGUGACAAGUAUUUGUGAUUUGAGAUCACGUGAUUAUUUUGUAUGAAACUUUAUAAUUAAACUAGUGGUUUUCCCGUCGCCAUGCGACGGGUAAUACAAUCAGUUACCUUCUACAAUCACUGCACUCAGUUUUUUAUGACACCCUCAAUUUUUUUCUGAUUCCAUAAAUUUUAUCUGAUACCCGCCAUGUUUUUGUGACUCUUAUUUUUUAAUAUAUUUUUUUAUUUUAUAACUCAAGAAGGACUGGAUUGAUUUGGCUACUUUUUAUUUUGAAAUAUUUGUAGAAGUCUAAGGAAGAAGAUCUUUACAAUAUAUGUGACAGAAAAAAACUCGCUUCGGUGAUUACAUUUCGUCGGUGACAUUUAUAACAUUUAUUCUAGUUGUCAAUAGAUGGCGCUAUAAUCGUAAAUAAAAUACUUUGCGAAUUAUAUAAUAUAUCUACGAAUAUAAUCUGAACAAUUUAAAAGACUAUACAAAUUAAAGAAAAUACCAUUUUAUAAAUGCAAUAAACACAAUUGAUUUGUUUUUAUGCCAAAUUGCAAAUACAAUUUGUCAACUGUCAGAUUUAACUAAAAUGUCAUGUCACUAAAAUGUAUAUUAUCACGGACUUACCUUUUUUCUAUCAUUUGUGACGCACUGAAAAAUGCUCAUGAAAAGAAGCAUAUCACAAUUUAUUAGCUGUAUAGGAACUGUGUACCUAUGUAAAAAAUGUGCUCCUUGCUCAAGAAUUUUUCUAUUUUUGACAAUAACGAAAAUUAAUAUACAGAAAGUAUGUUUAUAAUUAAAAAUAAUUUUAAAACAUUGGUUACUUACAAUAAUAAAAACUAUUUUUCAACUACGUAUUUUUUAUGGGAAAUAAGCCACAAUUUUACUAAAAAAUGAAUUUAUUAACGUUUCGAAGCCCAAAUCGGGUUUCGUUGUCAAAAUACAAAAUACUAUUAAAAUAAAACAAACAUGUUGUUGCUAAGUAAAAAAAUUCUUCUGAUAAUUUAUUUAAUCUGACUCAUUUAUAUUGGCAAUUCAGACGUAUAUUAUACAUUUUAAAGUAGAAGACUUUAAAAUGAUAUCGCCAAUAUUUAUGAGUUGCGUUCCUGGGACGACUUUACUAAAAGAUAGUUCAUUCGAUUACAUGAAAUCAAUCUAUUAAUUAUAAAAUAUAUAGUAAUUAUAAAAAUGCCACAAGGAAAUAGCUUCAGAACAACACUAUUUUUCAACAUUUUCUCUGCGAUAGAGAAGUUGAAAAUUCAAGUUUGUACUUUAAUGCAAUACAUUUCGUACUUUGGGAAGAAGAGUGUGCCAACUCAAAAAAUGGAAAUUUUGAGUUAAGUUGACUAACCGAUAGUUUUCUAACUUACUAGUUACUGUAGUUGACUAACUUAGUUUCAUUUAGGAUGUUGUUUUCUGUUUAUAUCAGCUAAAGGCUGUAUGACACUAUGCAUUUUCUUGUAUCAUUUCUAAUAUCGUUUCAGAUAUUUCAAAAAAUGCAUAGUGUCAUACACAGAUACAAGAAACGAUAUCAGAAACGAUACAAGAAUUUGUGUCAGGCACAGAUUCUUGUACAAGAACUGCGCCAAUUUCUGCGCAAAGAGCAAAAACGUAAAACCUGCUGGUAAAACAUCUAAAUGUCAUAAUGGCGGCUGAAAAUGAGAUCAUAUGAUUAAUGUCUUGAUGAAUUUAUUUGUGUUUUUGUAGAUAUUAUUUAUAAAUCUUUUAUUGAUACUUAAUAUACCGUUUGGUAUGGACUACUGUUCUACUAAUAACCAUAUAUUUAGCUCCUAUUAGUAAAGUUCAAACUAUGUAUAACUUUGGGUUUCAUGUUGCAUAAUUUUUUAAUAGAGGAAAAUACAAUAGUUCCUAAUUUGGAUCAAACUGAAGAUAAUUCUAAUGCAAAUAUUUUAGCACAAAUAUCAAAACAAAAUAAAAAACACAAAUAAUCAACAGUCAACGUAAAAAUUCUGAUUAACAUUAAAAUGUUAAAUUUAUGUUUUUAAAAGUUUAUAAAUUUUAUAAAAUCCUUAAAAUCAGCUGUAGACGCAGUACUACCAUACCAAUGUAACGUGACACAGGGUGACAAACAAAAUUUCGACCAAUCACGUGCCGAAUUUCAUACAAUUUUCGAUACAAGAACUUGCAUAGUGUCAUACAGGGCACAAAUGUACGUACAAGAAACGAUACAAGAAAAUGUAUAUGAGAAACGAUACAAGAAAAUGUAUAUGAGAAACGAUAUCAGAAACGAUAUUAGAAAUGAUACAAGAAAAUGCAUAGUUUCAUACAGCCUUAAUACAAAUAUCUUUACUCUGCUAUUUGAUUUUACAUUUUGCUUCAAACAUUAAAAUGGCUGUCCUGUAAAAUUGAAAUUUUGAAUUGGAACAGUCUUCUUCCCAAGGUGCGAUUUUAAUAAAUAUAAAUUUAAUGAAACAAUUCUAAAUACCAUAUUAUUUACCUCAAAGUGCCAAAAGCAUGGAUUUCACGGGAAACGUAAAAAAAUAAAUAAACGCGAAGUUAGCCGCAGUUUUAGUGACGUAAAUCUAAAGAAGUAUUGACCAUUCCAGGUCACGUGACUUUGACAGCGUCGCUGAGGGGCAAAAAUUGUGUUUUCGGUGUUCUUUUUGCUAUUUUUUCGUUUUAUUAUAAGAAAUCUGUGGUUUUAACUACAAAAAUGUCAAAUAUUAGAUAUAGGACACCCUGAUAGGGGAAGCAAAAACCCGGUAUAAUCAGAAAAUCAGUUUUCUUGACCCAUAUCGUCGUUCUGUUUACAGUACAUUGUGAUUAUAGUGAUUUAAAACAUCUCGGUCUGGUAUUAUAAAAAAACUCACUUUAUCUCUUUUACUUUUACUGGAACACUUUACAACUGAACAAAACGCUGGUGUUUUAAUCAUAUUCUUAAAUUAAACAAUGGUUUUCUACACUUAACCUACUUUGUUUACAAGAUCUUUGCCCUCCAGUCGCUGCCAAAUGACGUCACCCUGGAAUGGUCUAUACCAGCGGUUCUCAAUCUUUUUGAGUCAUGUACCACCAAAUAUUUCUUUAUUAUUUUUGGUACCACCCAACUGAAAUACCUAUCUAACUAGGUGAUCUAAUCAACUAUAAUAGUGGUGCUGAUUUUGGCUGUUUUUGCGUUUUGUGUACCACCUCGAAUAGUGAUAUGUACCACCAGUGGUACAUGUACCACAGAUUGAGAACCGCUGGUCUAUACUAUAACUGUGUGUAUAUGAUAAUAAAAUUGUUGUUUUUACAAUUUUUGCCCAAAAAUUUGCAAUUUUUUUUGGGCGCGCGCCUUUUCCCCAACACGACUCUACCUUAUCGGCAGAGUCUACGAGAAGUGUACGGUAAAUUGAAGCUGUAAUUACAAAAAAAGAAAUGUGUAUGUCUUUGUACUCACUUUAUAACGCUUAGAAAAUUACGAGAUCUGGAUUUCAUUGCAUAUUUUUUUUUAUAAUUCUCGUAUCAAAGUUACGCGUGAAGUUAGUCGUAUUGAUGACAGUUGGGGAAACGUCCGCGACCCAAAUCUAAAGGAGUAUACUAUAACUAUGUGUAUAUGAUAAUACAAUUGUUGUUUUUACAAUAUAUAUAUACAAAGGAUUUCCACAGUUUUCACUGUAUUCCUUCACUCAACCGUUCUCUCCAGCUCUUUCUGUCUUGCCAGUCCCCUUCCUGUAGAUUUCUUCUCUCCAUUCCGUCGUCUACUUAAUCUCUGAAGAUCUUCGAGGUCUGCCUCUCUUCCUUUUUCCUAUCGGGAUCCACUCUGUUAUUCAAUUUAUCCACCGAUUUUGGUCUACUCUUCUGACAUGUACGUACCAGGUUAAUCUCUUCUGUUCGAUGUAGUCUAUUAUGUCUGAGUUCACUCCCAUUCUUCUCUUAAUCUCUAUGUUAUUUAUUCUAUCUCUCCUUGUUACUCUGCAGCUUCUCCUGUUGUCCAAUUUUCACACCCAUAAGUGAGGAUACUUCUUGUCAUGGUAUUAUAUAUUCUUUUCUUUCGUAUGCAGUCUCUUGUUUGUCCUAGUCUAUUUUUUAUAUCUUCCUCAGUUGUUCCUUUGUUUGAUAUUAUAAAACCGAAAUACUUGUACUUAUCUGUUCCUCUGAUUUGUUUACCUUCGUCUAUUUCCAGUUGUUUUAUUUCUGUAUUCUCCGUUGUUAGGUAUUCAGUUUUCUUUAGGUUUAUUUCCAUCCCAUUCUUUGUAUAUUCCUGUUCCAGUUUCCUCAUCAUAAAACUGAGGUCAUCUUCGUCUUGUGCGAUCACUAUUUGGUCGUCAGCAAAACUUAGGGUAUAUAGAUACUACUCAAUCCUUACUGGUAUACCCAUUCCUUCGCACUUUCUUUUCCAUGGUUUCAGGGUCUUUUCCAGGGAUAUUUUGAAUAGGGUAGGGGAUGUGGAGCAGCCCUGUAGUAGUCCCUUUGUCGUCUUAAAUGAACUGCAUAUUCGAUUGCCCAUUUUGAUAGCUACUGUGUUAUUUUUGUAGAUUGCUUUUACUGCUUUUAUUAAUCUUCGUGGGAUUUCGAUGUCUUCCAUUGCUUCCCAUAGCUUGGUUCUAGGUAUCGAGUCAUACGCCUUCUUAAGAUCUACAAAUGCCAGAUGGACGGAUCUAUUUUUGGCCAUUCGUUUUUCUAUUAGUUGUUCGAUCGUGUAGAUGUGAUCCAAGCAUGCUUUCCCCACUGUGAAUCCUGCCUGGUCUUCUCCGAUUUUAUCCUGUAUAUAUAUUUCUAAUUUUUCCUUUGUGGUCUUUCCAUACAGUCUGCCUAUAGAUGAUAUUAUGCUGAUUCCUCGAUAGUUUUCGCAGUUUUUUCUAUUUCCCUUCUUAUGAUAUAUUGAUGUCAUAUAUGCUUAAGUCCAUUCUGCCGGUAAGUCUUCUCCAUUCAGUGCUCUCUCAAACAUUUUGAGUACCAUGCGGAAUAGCUUUUCCGAUCCGUUCUUUAUCAAUUUAUUUGGUAUUCCGCCGGGGCCUUCUGCUUUUUUGUUCUUUAGUGUUUUGAUCGUUCUUUUUACCUCAACUAGGCUUAAUUCGAUGUCGUCAUGUGUAUAGAUUUCUAUUCCGUCUCUUUCUACUUCUUUGAAUUGGGGGCGACUUUCGGUUAGCAAUUUUUUAUAGUAUUCUUGCCACUCGUUUUCUUUGAUUUGACCGAUCUUGACCUUCUCUGUCUUAUUUCUUUGGAGUGACUUUAAGAUACGCCAUGACUCUGAAUUUCUCGUUCCUCCUAUGUGUUGUUCUAUUUUCUGUGCAUGUUUUUUCCCAUCUUUCAUUUUUUUCUUUUGCUACUUUUCUUUUUACUUCUUUAUUUUUUUCCCUGUAGAGUUCCAAGUCCUCAUAGUUUUUUGUGUUCAGGUAUUUUAUAUGGAGUUCCUUCUUCUCUUGUAUGCAUUUCAGAGUGUCUUCGUUUAAUUUUGUAUUUUGGUGGGUGUAUUUUUGGUCUUUUUCUCCAAGAGUUUCUAGGGCUGCUGUCUUUAUGCAGGUUUUUAUGUGUUCGUAAGUCUGUUCUAAUGAUUCAUACCUAAACUCUUCUAGCUUUUGGUUAAAUCUUCGUUUGUAUAAGUCUUUUAUGGAGUCUUCUUCUAAUAAGUUUAUGUUGAAUUUCUUUUCUUUUAUUGAGCACACAUUGACAGGUAUUGCCGGAGUCGUAGAUUCGUCAGUAUCUCCCAAGGUAGGUUUCUGUUGGGUCCAUAUAAAGGGGAAUUGCAUCCGAGCGAUUACUAGUUUGUGAUCUGUGCCGCAUUCUGCGCCUCGUUUUACUCUCACAUCCUUUAUUUUUAUAGAGCUUUCUCGGUUUACUAUAACAUAAUCAAUAAUAAUAGACCUCAAUUUUCUUGUUUCUUGUGUCCAUGUCUAUUUGUGUAUGUCUUUAUGUUUAUAGAAUCCGUUUGUGAUCUUUAAAUGGUUUAUUUCGUAUAGUUCAAUCACUCUCUCUCCGUUAUCGUUUAUUACAUCUUUUCCCAAAUCUACCUACUGUUCUGUCGUUUUCUUUUCUUCCCGUUCUUCCAUUCAGGUCACCGGCAAUAAUUAUUUCUUGAUUCUUCUUUCUCUUUUCGAUUUCUUCUUGCAGUUGUUCUAUGAAUUGUUCGUUUUCUGGAAUUGAGCUGUCUUCUGUUGGACCGUAUACCGCUAGUUUUAGAUAAUUUGUCUUUGUUUUUAUUUUUACAAUUUGUUUUUACAAUUUAGGCCCAAAAAUUUACAUUUUUUUUACAAUUUCGUCACAUUUUCUCACCUUUUAAACCCUCCUUGGACUUCUACAAAUGUUUUAAAAUCGAAAUUAACUAAUUCGGUUGUCAUUCUGGAGCUGUUAUAAAAAAGAUGAUAACAAAAUAAAAUGACGUUUAUUAAAUGUCAUUCAAUGCUUACAUAUCGAAACCGUACCGGGCACACUGCGUGACUUAUCUCGAUUUUAUAAGAUUGGAUAUUAUCUUUUCCUUCUUUAUUAUAAUAUAUUAUAUAUUAUUUAAUCAACUAUUUUUUAAAUAAGAUAUAUUUUUAAAUAUGAUCCGGCUCGAAGGACCAAACGUAUCAACCAUUGCUUUCGAGUCCAAUUACCACUUAAAAGCCAUUGCUUUGUUCCCCAAGCAAUACUGUAAAAACAUACGAAAUUCAGAUUUUAUAUUGGUUUGAAAAUUGUACAAAUGCAAUAUUGUACGCAUAGUCUUAUUGCGUUUAUAUGUUGACAGCUGACGUGAAAGUUGUUACUAUCUAAAUUAUAUUAUUUCUUAUUAGCUACGCCACAUUUUUUAAGUCAGGGACUUAUUGAGUAGUCUAUAAAUACUAAUUAAUUAUUUGAUCAGAUAGAUUUUGUAAAUUUUAUUUACAAAAAUAGCUCGGUGGUCAGUGUUGCAGUCUCUCGUGUUUGGAUUCGCUUGUUGCAAGGGGUGCCAGGGUGGUAAGCGAUGUUGCCGCCUCUAACAAUUACAUUACUAAAAAAGUAAAUUUUACUGGGUUGGUUUUAUUAAUUUGAUUGCCCACUUUACGAUGUUUUAUUCUUUAGUACGUUUCCGUCUCUACUUUUGAGUAUUACGAUUUAAAGUAACGUAAAAAGUUUCAUACAAAAUAUCAGAACCAAUUUCUAGAAUUAAACAAGACUUAUAGGCUUAGUGAUUUUACUGGAUUUAGUAUGAUAUUGGAAUGUGAUAUUGGAAUGUGAAUUGGAAUGUGUGAAUAAUUUUCGUUUGGAUAUUGAAUCAUAUAGUUUUAGAUUAUCUCAAAAUGCGGAACUGUUUUCAAGAACUAUAAUAAUUUUUUAACGACCACUCCACCUCCCUAGUGUUUUAUUUUAUAAAUAAAAACUUGUUUUUACUUUUA